AUGAAGACGUCGCUCCAGCUGCGACGAAACCUUCCUGGAGCAGCAGCAUGGGUCCCCCCGGACUUUGGAAAGGUUUACUUCACUGGUCUGUCCGCCGUGGCCAUUGGAGCCGCUACCAAGGCUGUUGUCCGAGUCUCUACCUUCACGGCCUUCUCCAAGUUCAUGGCCGACGAAGACAACAGAACCACUGCUCCCCGAGUGGUCACUGCAGGUCUGCUCACGGGUAUUACCGAGAGUUUCAUUGUGGUUCCUUUCGAAUCCAUUAAGACUACAAUGAUCAACCGAGUCCAGGUUGCCGCAGGCAAACCUGUUGCUGUGCCUCCUACUGAGAUAAAGCUUCCGGAGAAACCUGAGACUGCUGCCAAGGGACCUGUUGAGACUGCUCCCGUCACUAUCAAGGACAAGAAACGUGUUGCUCGACCUACGGGAACCAUCAAGCCUCCCACCGUCCACUAUGGCCAGAUUGAUACCUCAGUCUCCGGACUCCUGGGCAACAUCAAGGAGAUGUAUAAGGACCGAGGCAUUCGAGCCUUUGUCCAGGGUUUCUUUCCCACUGUCACCCGACAGGCCGCAAACUCCGCCGUUCGAUUCACCACAUACUCGGCCCUCAAGCACUGGCUUACUAACCCCGAAGACAGCGAAUACGGCCGUCUCAGCGCCGUAUGGGGCUUUGGUCUCGGCCUGCUGUCUUCUGGAGCCAUGGUCCUCGCCACACAGCCAAUUGAUGUCGUCAAGACCCGUCUACAGUCCAUCCACGGUAUCAAGGAGUAUCGAUCGUCAUUGCAGUGUGCCUACAAGAUUUUUGUGGAGGAGGGAGUUAUGACAUUCUGGGCCGGUACUCUGCCUCGGUUCUGCAAGGCCGGUCUUAGUGGUGCCAUCAUUUUCGGAACCUACGAGAGUGUCAGCAACGUCCUUAACGCUGCCUCUCAGAAGAAGCCUUUCCCCCCUGGAGAGGAAUAG